AUGAAUAAAUACACUUUAAGAUUUGAUAAUCCCACACUUGAGUCACAAUACUAAAAAACUGAAUUUGAUGCAUUUAGAAGUAAAACUAAUUCUUAUUUCCUCUUGAUCUUUUUCCUAAUGAGCACUUUAAACUUCUCUUCAUAAUUCACGAAUGUUCCCGAGAAUCCUUAACAUUUAUGGCCAACAGUAAAUAUACUCUUGAUUGUGUUAAUAUUUGCAAUCAUAAGAAAGUAUCCCUAAUUAGGAAAACAGAUGAUAUUCCUUGAAUGCCUUGUUGCUAUUUCGUCAGUACUUUAAAUAACUUAUUCUCACAAUAUGUCAAGUGAGUCCUUAAAUAGUGUACUGCCUCUUGUUGAUAUAGUAUCGAAUUUGCAUUUCUUGUAAAUAUUCGAUAUUAGCUGCAUUUAGAUAACUCUAACUUUAGGAUUGAAAAUUUAUCUGUAAUGUGUAAACUAGCCCGAAAUUAACUUAUUUUUAGUACUUACUUCUAUCUUGAGUUCCACUAUUUAGGUAGUUACUAUUUACUUUUAUAAACAUUGGAGCAGAUAAUAGUUUACCCUUUAUAUGAAAGACCUAAUAUGGCAAUAGUAACUUUCAAAUAUUAUUUAAAAACCUUUUUUUAAGUUCUCACUUGAUCCUCUUACCAACAAUUUUGUUACUCUUCUAACCAACAAAAUUAACCUUUUUCCAGGUUUCCAGUCUAUUUUCUGUGAUAGCUGCAAUUUAAGAACCUUUUUGAGAUUGUGUUAAAAUAAAAGCAUAUCCCUUGAGCAGAAAUUAAUAAAUGACUAUCAAGCAGAAAAGCUAUCACUUAUACAACAUAAUUAUGAAUUAUCUUAUUAAGUCAACUCUAAAUCUGUUGUCAUUCGUGUUUGCAAUAUAAAUGUUGAAAGAUUUAAAUGUUUAAUAAUACUGGAACAAUGCACCUAAUAGAAGAAGUAGGUUGUCUCAAUUUCGAAUAUCAGAAAAUCGAUGCUGAAUUCUCUAACCUCUAAUUCGAAGUUAUUGAAUCACAAAUUCUUUAAAUUAGGAAUCCUGACCAUCUUAAAUUUCAACAACAAAUAAGUUGGCAUACUCAAUACCUAUGAUCUCAUAAAGAAAGUAGCCAGUUAUUUCAGCUUUCUCAACAUUGAAUUAUUUCCACUGAAGUCUUCCAACGUCUACUUACUAUCAACUUAUAAACAGCAACUAUUCAUAUUUAUGAUAUGCAUUUUCAACAUUUUGACCAAUUAAUUUAAAUCCAAAAACACCAAGAUACUUGUCAAUUUAUCAAAUGAGGACGGCACAAUAAAUAUCAUAAUUAAAGGAGUUAAUGAAGUUAUAUUUUUAGAACAAUACAAAUCCAAUAUGUUUUUAAUGUAAAGCUAAUAGCAGCUACUCAUAUCUCCAAUGAAUAAGAAUUUGAUACUAAAAUUAUAAACUUAAAAAAUGAAGUGA